AUGUUGUCUGGCAUGGCUAAUGCCGUCUUGAAGCAUUCGAUUAAAGUCCCCAGACUAUAUAAAUCUGCGGCAGUCGUAUUGACCCAAGUGAAGGCCGGCAAUAAUGUGAAAAGUGUAAUCGAUAAAAUUAAACACCCGAAUAAAAAAGGCAUCAUGGCUUUGGUCUCGAAAACCAUGCGCUACGAUAAAACCAUCGAAGAUAUUUUCAAAAACACGAAAAUCUUAACGAAAGAAGAAAAUAUGGAUGAAAACCUUGCAGCCAUUCUAGUUACCGAACUGCUGUGGGGAAAAAAAUUGCUGCAAGGUGAUUCUAAACCUGUCCAAACAAUUAUGAAGUACAAAGAAAUACUUGCGUCAGCCGUGGAAUCGGACAAGUUGAUCGACGACGAGCAAUGCUUGCAGACUUCUUGGCGGCCUCGAUACGUUAGAAUAAACACAAUUCAACACCGUCCCGACGCUGUCAUCAAUUAUUUUAAGAAAAAUGCUUGGACUAUGCUGAGAACACCCGAGACUUAUGUCGACUAUAUCGAGUUGAUAAAGUCAAAUUUGAAAGACGCCAAGUUCAUUCGAGACUACCACAUGGAAGAAGUGUUACUCUUUCCAUUCGGGACCGUAUUCGCUGAGAAUAAUAUGUACCGUAAUGGAAGUUUUGUUUUACAAGAUAAGGCUAGUUGUAUGGCUACGCGUGUUUUAUCUCCCGAACCCGGAUCUACGAUAUUAGAUAUGUGCGCUGCUCCAGGAAUGAAAACUACCCAUUUAGCGGCUCACAUAAAAAAUCAAGGGAAAAUUUUUGCGGUAGAACGAGAUAAGACUAGGUUUGUGACAUUAAAAGAAAUGGUUCGUCGUUGUAAAGCGAAAUGCGUCACUCCAAUUCAAUCCGAUGUAUUUCUAGCCAAACUAGAUCGUUCGAAAAUCGAAUAUAUCCUGCUGGAUCCGUCUUGCUCGGGAACUGGUAUGUUGACUCGAAAUGAUCAGGAAGAAAACAAAACUGAAGAAAAGCCUAUGAAAAAACGACUAAAAGGAUUAUCUAAUUUACAAGGCAAACUAUUACGCCACGCUUUAACCGAUUUUCCGUUUGUAAAGCGUGUCGUGUAUUCCACGUGUUCGAUACACGCCGAAGAAAAUGAAAAAGUAGUCGAAGAGGCUCUAUCCUACACGCACAAUUUUAAAUUGGUCGACUGCCCCAAAAUGUUCAAAAAUUGGACUAGUGUUGGUUUACCGGAGUAUUCCUUUGGCGAAAACUGUAUUCGGACCGUUUCGGAUAUAGAUUGCACCAAUGGAUUUUUUAUCGCCGCCUUUGAACGUAAAGUUAGCUGAUCUUACCACUUUGUAUGUACUGUAUUUGCGAGUAAUUUUUCUAUUACUAAUAAAUAGUUUAUUAAAUCAAA